UUCCAGGAGACGUUGAUCCCCUAUCACUUACUUCUGGACCCGAACAUACUCACACUGAAUCUAUUGAUUGUGAGCUUCCUGAGGCAACUGACUUUCAAUAUAUACCACCAAUGCAGAUUGUAAUGCUUAUUGUUGGCACACAUGGAGAUGUUAAGCCAUUUAUUGCAAUUGGCAAGCGUUUACAGGACUAUGGCCAUCGUGUUAGAUUAGCAACUCACUCAAAUUUCAAAGAGUUUGUCUUGACAGCUGGAUUGGAGUUUUACCCUUUAGGCGGUGACCCAAAAGUUCUUGCUGGUUAUAUGGUUAAAAAUAAAGGUUUCUUGUCAUUAGGACCAUCUGAGAUACCUGUACAAAGAAAUCAAAUGAAGGAAAUUAUAUACUCUCUAAUUCCAUCUUGUAAAGAACCUGAUAUGGAUUCUGGUAUUCCAUUUAAAGCAGAUGCAAUCAUUGCAAACCCCCCAGCCUAUGGGCAUACACAUGUGGCAGAAGCACUAAAAGUACCGAUUCAUAUAUUUUUCACAAUGCCCUGGACGUCAACUAGUGAAUUCCCACAUCCUUUGUCCCGUGUCAAGCAACAAGCUGGAUAUAGAGAUAAAAUGAUGGAGUUAAGGGGUCAACAUCCUCCAGAAGAACUGUCUGAUAAAGAGAUUAUGGAGCGUGUACUUGGACGUGAUUCGGUAUACUUGCGAGGGUGGGGGCGGUCUCCUAGUGUCACAACUUCUACUUCACAUCGUGAAAAUAUUGUGGGUAAUCAACCAACUUAUGAAGAGUUACUUGAACGACGUAAUGAUACAACUUCCCGCCUUAAUGCUACUAACGAACAACUUAGUGUAGUUGUGGAUAUACUUCGUCAUAACAAUUUGAUGGCACCGCCUCCACCACCUCUAACAGACCAAGCUUCAGAUGCAAAUUUAAGAGAGUCGCCAUCUAUUUCAGUUCGGGAGUCACAAGAAGAUUCUUAGUUUAUUUACAUUAAUCUACUAAGCAAUGAACUUUAUGAAGUUUUUUUUUAUUUUGGUAGGGGUAACCUUAAAAUGAUAACUUUAUGACUUAUUUUAGUAUUGAACAUUAUAAAGAAUUUUAGCAUUAAACAUUUU